UUCUUGCUGCUCAUAAACAAAAAUCAUCAUGCGUUUCAAUAAAUGUUCAUUAUUCGCAAUUCUGACUAUCACAUGGAUAACUGUAACAAAUGGCACUCUGAUGAAUCAAGCCAAUCCACGUCUCGGAUUUCCACCCAAUACCCAAUCAGUUGCCAAUGCUCUUUAUUCGGCAAUUGAGCUAUCACUGGCAGCGAUCUCUCAUGAUCAGAUUCAGAAAGAAGUUGACGCUUUGAAACGUAACAUGCAAGAAUUGUCUCGUCAACAGUACAAAAAAGUCAAACCAGAUGCUAACUUUGCGUAUGAAGUUGAAAAAACUAGAGGUUUCAAAUACCAACCAUUGCCGUCAUCUUAGAAAUCCUUGAAAACAAGGUCUCUUUUUUUUCAAAUUUCUAGGUCACAGACCUUGAUAAUGAAUGUUUCAUAAU